AUGCGCCGUGCGACUCUGCUAGCCGUGAUGGCUUCCGCUUUGCUCGCGGUGUUCAUUCAGCCCGCCAUUGCCUCCAACAGCCAACAGCCAACAGGAACUGAUGGAGUCCUUGGUUCACCACUACCGGAACCUUCAGGACAUAGUGAAUGUGCUGCUGAUGCGCAUCAACGCCUGUAUUCCCUCGCGUCUUUCGCGCGUCCAGGACAUUCGUGCGGAUUCGCGGGCACUUCGAAUGCAGCUCAAAAACUGCUUAAGUACUUGCGCGAAGGACCUUGCAGCAUGGAGCGAAUCGGAAGCAGCGAACGCAAUCUUGGCACGUUAAACCGGUCCAUCGACUUCAUGGAUGUAUAG